GGGGCAUCGCGGCGGCAGCCCUCGCUGCUCCUGCUGCCUUGUGCCCGUCGGGGUAUGAGGAGUAGGCUGGGGGACGCUCUACCCUGGAGCUCUAGGCGCUCUCCUCGGAACCGGCUGGGACAGCGCCGGGGCGCCCGCCGGGCCCGUGCUUUGCUGUGCCGUGGGGCUACUACCGAGCAUGGCUCCUUGGCCUCAGCCUACCGCUCCUUGCUAGUCGGGGUGGGGGGGUGAGGGGGCAGUUCUGAACGAGAACGGCCCGCGCGGGCCCCGCCUGCCGCCUCUGGUGGGGCUGGGCCGCCCCGCAGGAGCCCCACCGGCCGCAGCGCUGCGGCUCGCUUGGCAGCACGCUGCUUACCGGCGAAAGGGUUAGAUCAGUUCUUCGUAAAGGUUACUAGUAACUCACGUGAAGUUAGGCACGUGUAACCUCCUGGGAAGACCUAGUGUCUUCGCAGCUUCCCGUGUUCUUGCAGAGCUUACACUUGUGUUUGCAACCUGUGACAGCUGUUGUUGUGAUGGCUGUGUAUGUGGAUCAUCGAACAGAAGCUCCGGAUUCAGUUGCCUCCCCUUCUCAUAUAGCCUGGCACCCGCUUCAUCCACUCCUGGCAGUUGCUUCCAUCAGCACAGCGUCUGGGGGCUGUGUGGAUAUCUACCUGGAACAGGGAGAACAUGUGUCUGAUGCACACGUUGAGAGAAGUUUUCAGGUCACAUCAGUUUCCUGGCACCCUUCCAGACCAAUUCUUGCAGCAGGCUGGGAGACGGGAGAAGUUGUGAUACUUAACAAACAAGACAAGGAGCAUCACACUGUACCACCACAUCAUAAUACCAAAAUUACAGUCCUAAACUGGAGUACGAAUGGUACCUGCCUUGUGUCUGGUGAUGGGCAUGGUGUCUUGGCUCUAUGGAGAGUGGACCAGCGAGGCAGAGUGCAGGGUCCUGCCCUGCUAAAACAGGAGUAUGGGAAAUGUCUGUGUCACUGUGUCUUUCGACCACCACCUCCUGGCGAGGACUUUGUACAGCUGGCAAAAGCAGCUGUGAGUGGUGAUGAGAAGGCCUUGGAUAUGUUUAACUGGAGAAAAGCUGGAGCAGGAACAACUCUGAAAAUGGGACUCCAGGAAGGGCUCUCCUACUUUAUCACUUUGACAGAUGGUUCUGUGCAUUAUGUGAAUGAGAAAGAAAAGAUACGGCAUGUAUUGUCCACAGACAGUCUGGUCCAAAAGCUUCUGUUCAUAGAGGAAAGAGAUGUUUUAGUUGUAAUAACGGAGAACCUGCAGCUGUCCUUGCAUGCAGUUACUCUUGAGGGAGAGACAGAAGAGCUCAUGAAGGUGAAGUUGAGUGGGAAGAUCGGUCGUUCUGCAGACAUCAUUUUGAUAGACCGUAGUCUUGUUGUUACAGCACUAGGUGAGACUGUCAUCAGGUUCUGGGAUUUGGACCGAGACGAGAACUAUAUGAUCUCCUUAGAUGUGCAAUUUGGCUUUGAGGGAGGCGAAUGUAUUAACUGUGUUUCUUACUGCAGUGCUAAAGGUCUCUUAGCAGCUGGUACUAACAAAGGGAGAAUAGCUAUGUGGAAGAAAGCAGCAGGAUCCAAUCAAAGCAUACGGGCUUUGGAGGGCAAGGACAGGUGGAAUCUCCAGGCACCUACAGAACUUGAAGGAAACGUGUCUCAGAUAAAGUGGGGCUCCCGAAAAAACCUGCUGGCCGUGAACACCACCAGCUCUGUGGUGAUCCUCAGUGAGCAGGCCAUGUCGUCUCAUUUUCAUCAGCAAGUGGCUGUUGUCCAGGUGUCUCCUAACCUGUUUAAUGUGACCAUCUUCAGCACAGGAACCACACACACUCUUUGUGUUGAUAUGAGUGUUAAUGGAGUCUUCGCUACUAAGGAUGCUGUAGUAUUCUGGAAUGGGAAGCAAGUUACUGUCUUUGAGUGCUCAGGAGAUACCUUCAGAAAUGCAGGCUCUUUUCUCUGUGACUCUCCAGUUCUGUCUGUUCAUGGAGAAAAUCUGUACACAGUUGAGCCAUAUCGAGUCCAGGUCCGCACCUGGCAGGGCACAGUUAAACAGCUACUGGUGUUCUCUGAAGCAGAGGGGAAUCCAUGCCUCUUGGAUAUAUGUGGAAAUUUCCUGGUUGUGGGAACGGAUUUGGCUCACUUUAAAAUCUUUGAUCUCUCUCGCAGAGAGGCAAAAGUGCACUGCAAUAGCAAGAAUUUCUCCGAGCUGUUUCCUGGCCUUGGAGGCAUUGCAUCUGUCAAAUGCAAUGCUAAUGGCAAUAAAGUCAGCAUCCUUGUUAGCAAGGCAGAUGGGAAUGUUGAUUCCAAGAUCUGUUUCUAUGAUGUUGAAAUGGACCAAGUUACAUUCUUUGAUUUCAAGGCUGAAAAGGGAAAUGUUAGAGAGAAGCUUUCAUCUGGACAAAGCAUUGACAAGUCUGUUGUGGAGUAUCCAGAGUUGCAGUGGCAUGUCCCUGCUUGCCAUUUCUGGGACCAGAGUGAACCAAGGCUUUUUGUGUGUGAAGCAAUUCUUGAAACAGGCCUACAAACUCCAGACCAGAAUAAAAACAAGACCGAGAGCACAGUGGAUGUUUGGAUUAUAUCAUUCUUCAGUACUGAAGAGCAUGGCCUUUUGCUUCAGGACAGUUUUCCAUUGCCUUCAUCCUACCAAGUUCUUCUGGGCAUGGAGGUGCCACAUUAUUACUUUGCAAAAAAGUUGUUUUUUCGGAGGGGAUAUGUCUAUAAACCUCUGGGAGAAAGUGAGAAUGGACAAGCAGAGUCUGGUGCAAUAAAGGUGUCUCAGAUGGUUGCGAGAAGGCCCAUGAGAGAUUUCAUUGGAUUAGGAGACUGUGAUAAGACUACCCGGGAUGCUGUGCUGAACUUCAGCUUCUAUCUCACUGCUGGCGACAUGGAUGAGGCCUUCAAAUCCAUCAAACUGAUAAAAAGUGAAGACGCCCCCGAGCAGCACGUAGGCAGCGGGUGGAGGCUGGGAAGGGUGCCCCGUGCCAGCCCUGUCAUGUUUACUUCAGGUGAGGCUGUCUGGGAGAACAUGGCUCGCAUGUGCGUGAAGACUCAGAGGCUCGACGUUGCCAAAAUUUGCCUUGGAAACAUGGGUCACGCAAGAGGAGCCAAGGCAUUGAGGGAGGCUGAACAAGAACCAGAGCAGGAGGCCAGAGUGGCCGUGCUGGCCAUUCAGCUGGGCAUGCUGGAGGAUGCAGAGCGACUGUACAAGGCUUGCAAACGCUAUGACCUCCUGAACAAGUUCUAUCAAGCUUCAAACCAGUGGCAGAAAGCCAUCGAAACAGCUGAAGCUCACGAUCGGGUUCACCUUCGCACCACCUACUACAACUACGCUAAGCACCUGGAGGCAACCGGAGAGCACAGUCUUGCACUCGCCCACUAUGAGAAGUCAGACACGCACAGGUUCGAGGUACCCCGAAUGCUCACUGAAGACUUACAGGCCUUGGAGAACUACGUCAACAAGAUGAAAGACAAGAGCCUGUGGAAAUGGUGGGCACAGUAUCUGGAGAGCCAAUCUGAAAUGGAAUCUGCGCUAAAAUACUACGCACUGGCUCAGGAUUAUUUUUCCCUAGUCCGUGUCCACUGCUUUCAGGGCGACAUUCAGAAGGCUGCUGAAAUAGCAAAUGAAACAGGGAACUGGGCAGCAUCGUAUCACCUGGCCCGCCAGUAUGAGAGUCAGGAUGAAAUCAAGCAGGCCGUGCACUUCUACACCAGGGCCCAGGCGUUUAACAACGCCAUCCGCCUGUGUAAGGAGAACAAUUUAGAUGAUCAGCUGAUGAACCUGGCUCUUCUGAGCUCUCCAGAAGACAUGAUAGAGGCAGCACGCUAUUAUGAGGAAAAGGGGGAGCAGAUGGACAGAGCCGUCAUGUUAUACCACAAGGCAGGACAUUUCUCCAAAGCACUGGAGCUAGCCUUUGCCACGCAGCAGUUUGGGGCCCUGCAGCUAAUUGCUGAAGACCUGGAUGAGAAAUCAGACCCAGCUCUGCUAGCGCGCUGUUCGGAUUUUUUUAUUGAACAUGCUCAGUACAAGAAGGCAAUGGAGUUGCUGCUAACAGCCAAAAAGUACCACGAAGCUCUGCAGCUCUGCCUGAAGCAGAACCUGACCAUCACAGAGGAGAUGGCCGAGAAGAUGACGGUCUCCAAGGAGUCCCAGGACCUCUCUGAGGAGUCCCGGAGAGAGCUGUUGGAGCAAAUCGCCGAUUGCUGCAUGAGACAAGGCAAUUACCACAUGGCGACCAAGAAAUACACACAAGCAGGAAACAAGCUAAAGGCUAUGAGGGCACUGCUGAAAUCUGGAGAUACCGAGAAAAUUAUCUUCUUUGCGGGAGUUUCCAGACAGAGAGAGAUUUAUAUCAUGGCAGCCAACUACCUCCAAUCGCUGGACUGGCGUAAGGACCCAGAGAUUAUGAAGAACAUCAUUAGCUUCUAUACUAAAGCGCGGGCCCUGGACCUUCUGGCAGGUUUCUAUGAUGCAUGUGCUCAGGUACUUCCCCCUCCUGUGACUGCUGAAGGUGUUUGGUUUGCUAGCCAGACAGCAAGGCGGUCAACUCUUCUCCUCUUGCAGGUAGAAAUUGAUGAGUAUCAGAACUAUGAGAAAGCACAAGGAGCACUGACAGAAGCAUACAAGUGCCUUUCAAAAGCAAAGACUAGAAGCCCUCUGGAACAGGAAAGCAAACUAGCACAUUUGCAAAGCAAGAUGACCCUGAUUAAGCGAUUCAUCCAUGCUCGGAGAGUUUACGCCGAAGAUCCCGAAGAAGCAGUGAGACAGUGUGAACUUCUCCUAGCCGAGCAAGAUUUUGACAGUGCCAUCCAUCUCGGCCACAUCUUGGGAUUUCUGGUCCAACACUAUGUACAAGUGGAGGAAUUCCACAUGGCUUACCGGUAUCUGGAAGAGAUGCAGAAAAGAAUUCCAGCCACAAACCUGAGCAACUACGUGACCCAGCAGACCAUCGAGGCCGUUCACCGAGGAGCAGGCAUUCCUGUAAGCCGAGCGCUAGUUCCAGAGCAAACUUGCCACAGCAGCACGGAGAACAAGGAUGUGGAAGAGGUGGCUGAUGAAGUGGAGGAUCCUUGACAACUUACGCUUUUACCAAACACAAAGUUGAUUUUAAUACCAGGUCAUUUAUUCUGUUCUUGUUAGGGGUCAUGUAUUAGUGAACACAAUGCUGCAACAAGGCUUUUUGGUUAUUACCAAGAAUUUAUUUUUUCUGCUUGACUGUACAAGCAACAGUAUUGAAGUUAAUUACUUCAAACACUACAUAAAAAGAUUCACAAACUGG